GUGGAUGUUUUAAGGCCAGUGGUUGAACUAAUUAAUUUUAAUCAGAAUGUUAUUAAAAAUUGUGGAUUCCCUGCAUUUUUUAUGGAGGAGCAGCCCAGGAGAGUGCUGUGGCAGUACUUUUAACUGCAUUUGGACAUGUUGUGGUCUGGUGUUGUACUCCUCAUGCUAUUUGUGUUGUUUGGUGGGGUUUUUUGUGCACUCCUGGUCAUAGGUGGUGUUUCAGCACAGCACUUAUGAUCCUGACGUUUGUGGGGCACGACGCCAACUACUGAUGAAAACCAUAUUGAGCGUGUCCAUCUUGUCUGAGUGACAGAUGUUAUAGUGGGACAUGAGUUUUCAUUAUUAGUAUUCUGUGGAAAUGAUAAAAAAAGAUUGUCCACCGCAACACCUUUUUAAUUAUUAACCAGGUGCGAAUGAAUGAAACGUGUGAGGGUGAAAAAGGUUAUUAAUAACUGGGUCUCGGUGCCGUUGGUGGGGGAGAGUUGGACCUGCUGAACAAUGGGCAGCGGGAUCAGGACGAGAGGAGCCGUGCGCGCGCACAAACGCCGCUCCGAAAAGGGCAAAGGGCAGCCGUGGGGUCCAGAUGUGAGCGCCGACCCGACUCGCCCGGCAGACGCUCCCACUUUGGUCGGCGGGACUCGUUUAAUUCUGAAAAUGCGACACGCAUACCUGCCGCUGAAGCAGCGACAGCCCAGAAGAGCCGCGGGCGCUACGAUGCUAAUGUUGUCGGGGGCUUUGACUUCUUCCAGCCAUUGCAAAGGAGCCGCUCCGCGUGACAGCCACGGCGCCGCUCUUCCCCCGGUGUUCGCUCGCCGCGCUUUUUUUUUUCACGCCUCUCCACAUUUUUGGCAGGUGCGUUCGGAGAGGGGGGUAAAAAAAAAAAAAAAAAAACAACAACAACAACCCACCACCCCGAGACGACCGCGCUGUGUCUGCUCACCUUAAACUCUGAGCGGUAAUGGACGAAACGGAUAUCAUGGACUUAACGCAUCAGAAGGCGAGGAAGCGGCCGCGUCCAAUCAGUUCCGUGGACGAGUCCGUGCACGCGUCCCUCAAACGGCUGCCGAUGCGAGCGGCGGAGUGCAGGGAGUCCUCGCUGAUGUUCGCGGUGCGAGGAGAGCCGCUCCCCGCAGCGUCGCUCAAGCAAAAUGACCACUCGGUGACUUCCUCUCCGACCACGGUGAUGCCGGCGCAGGAUAAUCGCUCCAGCAUGUCCAGGCCCAUGAUCACUAGGUCACCAGUGUCUCCCUUGAGCAACCAGGGCAUCCCCACGCCUGCUCAGCUCACCAAGUCCAACGCCCCUGUCCACAUCGAUGUUGGGGGACACAUGUACACCAGCAGUCUGGCCACCUUAACAAAAUUCCCAGAGUCUCGAAUCGGUCGUCUCUUUGAUGGCACAGAGCCUAUAGUCCUGGACAGCCUGAAGCAGCACUACUUCAUUGACAGGGAUGGACACAUGUUCCGCUACAUCCUCAACUUCCUCAGGACGUCCAAGCUCCUCAUUCCCGACGACUUCAAAGACUACAGCCUGCUGUACGAGGAGGCGCGGUACUUCCAGCUGCAGCCCAUGCUGGCCGAGCUGGAGCGCUGGCGCCAGGACCAGGAGCUGAGCAGGGUCUCGCGCCCCUGCGAGUGCCUGGUGGUGCGCGUGGCGCCCGACCUGGGCGAGCGGAUCACGCUGAGCGGCGACAAGGCCCUGAUCGAGGACGUGUUCCCGGAGAUCGGCGACGUCAUGUGCAACUCCGUCAACGCCGGCUGGAACCACGACUCCACGCACGUCAUCCGAUUCCCGCUCAAUGGGUACUGCCACCUCAACUCCGUCCAGGUUCUAGAGCGCCUCCAACAACGCGGCUUCGAGAUCGCCGGCUCCUGCGGCGGCGGCGUGGACUCAUCCCAAUUUAGCGAGUACGUCCUGAGGAGGGAACUGAGGAGGACGGGUCAGCGAGGACCCAAUUCGAACAGGAUAAAGCAGGAGCAGCUGGACUAGAAACCUCCUGAGCAGCAGGUGGCGCUAGACUUUUUCUUUUUUUUUGUGGCAGCCAAACGCUUGACGCUGCAGAGCUCUGUGGACUCAAUUUUUUUUGUUCACCUUGUUGAUGUUUUCGUUUCGUUAAACUCCAGAAUCAUCUAGGGAAUAAAAAAAAAGGUCAACAGAGGAUUUUUACCGUACGAAGACACAAGAUAUUUGUUAAGUUUGAGAUUGCAAGGACAUUUGUGAUUGUCUAGCCCCUGAUAAACCAAUUCAAAACGGAUUUAUAUAUGCUGGAUCCCCAAACAAAGUUGGUUUUAAAACUUGGAGCCUACAUUAGGUUACCCACGACUUCUAUUACACCUAUAUAAAUUUAAAAGAAGGCUUUUAUCGCUGAUGUAGUACGUUGCAUAGCUUGUCUCACUAGCAAAUUGGCUGAGUCUGUUUUUAUGCCUCGCUGUAAAAAGGUCACUAAUGUGUUGCUUACAGUUCAGAAUGUCUCAGUUGUCAUGAACAUCUUUUUUUACUACUACUUCAUGUUAAAUAUUGUGAUACCAAUGAAGUGUUAGUUUUUCUUUAUGGAGGUUAUUUUAUUGGAAUAUGCCAUAAAAUAUAGUUGACAUUAGUAUCAUAAUUUAACAUUUAACAAAGACCAAUCUAUAUCCAUGAUUUAGUAAAUUAUGACAUCAUUUCCCUCACUGGGGCAUAUGAACCACUAAACCCCAUGUGCUACUUUGGGAGUUUUUUAAUUGGACCAUUAUAUUCUUCCGAGUCAUGACCUGUAUAGUUUCUCAUUGUAUAUGUGUUUGUGUUUUUUACAUGGAAUAUUUUUAAAGCAAGUCAGACAUGGCUGAACAGAUUAAAACCAUAUUGUGCAACCCACUCCAGGAUCGUCUUUACUCGUAGCACAUAUUGAUAUGAAGUUAAACAUGAAGUGUUUCUCAGAUGACUGACCCGCCUACGCUCCCGCGAUUUGAGUUAAGAGGAAUGUAGCGAAACGUGAAAUAAAUCUCAACUGAAGUUGU